AUAAGGUCAUUUAUUAUUACAUCGAUUAAUAUUUGUUGGAUAUAUUAACCCGAGAGAUCCCAAGAACAUCAAUAUUACUUGGUUUGACUUCCAUCAUUCCUGCAAUAAUGGAGAUUUUGGAAGAUUCAAAACUACGGGAAGAUGCAAUGAGAGAACUCUAUGAAGUAUCAUUAAAUGGAUGCGUGAGUACCUUAAACACACUGAUCCAAAAAGACCCUCUUAUUCUGAGCAGAAUUUCACUCUACCCCUACACUGAAACCCCAUUACACAUAGCCUCUUUGCUUGGACAUUUGGACUUCUGUGAGGUUCUUCUUCAGAAUAGUCCCAGUUUAGCGACUGAAUUGAACUCAGAAGGACGUUGCCCUCUUCAUUUAGCUUCAGCUAAUGGGCACACAGUGGUUGUGAAAGCGCUUUUGAGGACAAACCCUGAAAUGUGUUUGGUUGGUGACAAAGAUGAGAUGCUUCCUCUCCACUUUGCUGCAAUGAGAGGGCGCGUUGGAGCCAUCGAGGAGUUGAUCAAAGCCAAGCCAGACUCCAUUCGAGAGAUGACAAAGACUGAUGAUGGUUCAGUUCUGCACUUGUGCGUUCGCUAUAACCAUCUUGAAGCCUUGAAAUUGUUAGUGGAAUCAUUGAGAAGUGAACAUCAAUUCCUAUAUUCACUCAAAGACAAAGAGGAUAAUACUUUGCUACGUUUAGCAGUGAAACGCAGACAAAUCAAGAUCGUUAAAUACUUGCUAUCACUAUCCGAAAUGAGUACAGAAAUAAAUACUUUGAACAAGGAGGGUUUAAUAUCUAUGGACACAUUGGGGCAGUGUCCAAGAGAAUUCAUCAGCCAACACAUUUUAACUGAAGGAGUUGAAAAGUCUGAAAAUGAAGUUAUAACACAAGAAGCAGUUUCCUCAACAACCCUAGUCAGCAAUCAUCAAACGACUCUGUCAACAUCUAGACAAGAACCAACUUCCUCACAAAGCAGCAUAACUAUUGUAAUUGUACAACCGGAUCUUUCACUAGCAUCAUCACCCUCACAAACCAACAAUGAUCCUCCUCCACAAACAUCAUCAUCAUCCUCAUCAGAGUCAUCACCAACCAACAAUGAUCCUGAACCAGCACAAGUUUCUCUUCAACCAACACAACCAUAUAGACAACAACAAUCCUCACAAACACAAAGCGUAACUAUUGAACUUGUACAACUAGAUCCUCCUCCACAACCCUCACCUCAACAAAUUCCAUCACCAUCACAAACCAAUAUUAAUCCUGAACAAGGACAACCCUCAACUCAACAAACACCAACAAACAAUAGUAAUAGUAUUCCACCAGCAACACCGAGCAAUGGUCACGUCCAACCACUAACAUCAGAAAACAUCAUCACAAGUGAAAACCAAGGACAUGCUAAUAGAUGGAACAGGUUCGAGAGGUUCUGCAGAACGUAUCUGCUAGACGACGGUAACUGGAUGAUGGACAUAAAGACAAGGGAGCAACUAAUGGUAGCAGCCACUGUGAUGGCAACCAUGACAUUUCAGUCGGCGUUAAGCCCACCGGGCGGUGUAUGGCAAGGUGAUACAACACAAGAUGGGUUUGCUUGCCCUGACUAUGGUUUCUGUCAAGCAGGGACCGCGGUUGUGGGCUAUGCUUGGUCACCUGAUUUUCUCAAAUUCAUUUUUCUCAACUCUUCUUCUUUCUUCGCGUCUCUUUGCGUGAUGCUGGUGCUCAUGAGCGGGUUCCCGCUGGAGAACAAGGUCGUGAUGAGGAUCUUGACAUUUUUGAUGAUCGUUGCGGCUUCGUGCAUGCUCCUCACGUACAUGUGGGCGUUGGGGUUGGUUAGUCCGAAUCAUAUUUAUUAUAAAACUAAGAAACUGGGGUAUCUUUUGGUUGGUAUGUGGGCUUUCUUGCUUGCGCUUGUUAUUUUGCUUCAUGCAAGCCGAUUAGUGUUCUGGUUUAGGUCACCACGCAAACCCUCCUCCACAAAUAUUGCUCCGCCGAGCCUCCCUUAAUAAUGCUUGCAACAUAAAUUUUUUUGGUAUCUUAGUAUUAUUGAUCUUUUAUUUUUUGGUCUAAAUUACAUGUAUGUGCUCUUAGUUAGAAAUAAUCUUGUUUGAAUCUUGUUUGAGGUAAGUAAG